UGGUAAGUAUAUAAAUAAGAAACAAGCAAAUAAAAUAACCAUAAAUGAUAGAUUGGGUUAGAAGCUUCAGGAUGGGUGAUCUCUACGCGUACUUGACGUUUAUUGGUAUCAUCAGCCUCUGGUGCUUUCUUGGACUCGUUGUGAUUGUGAUGAAAUCCAUUCGAGGCAUGACCAUCUUUGCCUAUGGUCUCCUUGUUCUCACUGUCGUUCAAUUCCUAAUUGGAUUUGUUCAUAUCGUUCUGUUGUACAACACGUACCGUCCGAUCCUAAUGAACAACUGUAUGCAGCGUCAACCCUAUCCGUUCUUUUGGUGGGCUACAAAUUAUGAAGAGAACCAAGAGUUUAAGCAAAUCUUUGACAAAUGCAUGCACCAAUGGUCUCAGUUUUCAAGCGAAAGGUUGAUCUCAUGGAUUGUUUAUUCUGCUGCUUCUGGACUCGUCUUGGCCGCCGUCAUAAUCCAUAAACGACACAUUUCUGACGAGUACCAGAAGGCUCGUGGAUAUAUCGUAAGCGAUCAAGAAGGCGAAUGGGCUUCUGAGGAAAAGCCUACAAAGGAGGGAGCUAUUCGCCUUGACCGAUCCCCACCUCCAUAUGAAGGCGAUGAAGAAAAGGAAAUGAUGGAUGUCAGCAUGCAUCAGCAGCGUCAAAAACUGUAUGACGAAAUUGCUAAGCGCAAGAGAGCCAAGAAAAACCUUAACCGUAAAUCUGUGAUCAGCAACUCGUCUGAUCCUGCCUCUGUCUCCGUAGUCCAUCCGCUUGACCUGACAAAGGAUCCCGGCGUCUACCAGCCUCCACCCAUGCCUCCCAAGGAUUCUCAAGAGUCAUGGAACCGAUAUGAGGGUACAAGUGCAGGGGAUGAUGAGCGCCAAGAACUGGAACGUCAGCGCCGAUUUAACUCGCACACGUCUGAGCGGCUGGAAUAUGAGCUUUUCAAGUCCCAUGAGCCUCAAGCUCACAGACGCCAUAGUAGCUUUGGCGAAAAAAGAAGAUCGAGCAGACGUAAGGGGUCUAAAUUUGGUAGUUCUCAAAGACACCGACCUGUUUCCUUGCGUUGGUCCAGUGUACAUGCAGAUACGGCCUUCACGCCACUUAUUGAAAAAUCAAAUGACCCUGAAGUAGAAGAGCAUGAAGAAGAUCAGGAGAUGUCAAGCUUGAUGAAGCCAGAGGAUAGCGAGCCCUCAGAACAGGCAUCAUAUUAAAUAAAUAAGGCUUUAUUAUUGAUGAAAAUUGUUUUGCAUUUCUCUUAAUGUAUGUAGUACUUCUACUGGAUCUGAUUUUCCAGCCAUAACUUGUAGUGAUUGUUCGUUCACUCUUAAAUAAGGGUUAAAUAGUUUCUCUUGUCCUAUUGUCGAUGGCACCGUAAUCAGUUUAUCUUGAAUCCAAUUCCAUUUUGCAACAAGCGCUUCAUUAUGAGGUUCGACACUCAAGGCAAA